AUGGAUGCCAUGGACCUGGACAUGGACGUGGACGUCGACCUCGUGCCGGACGAGCCCAUCAAUGCGCAGCCUCAGGAUACUCCUUCCCCCGGCGAGGUGGUCGACGCUCCACCCCCAGACCAACCUGAGAGCACCUCUCUGGUCCCGAAUAAGGUACACAUCCGGGGACUGGAUCAGAUGAACCCGAACGACAUCAAGGCUUAUGCCGCCGAGCACUACCCGAACAGCGCCUUCGAGAGGAUCGAGUGGAUCGACGACAGCUCGGCCAAUCUGAUCUACCCGUCCGAGUCCGUAGCCCAAGAGGCAUUGGUCGGGUUUUCCUCCGUCGAGAUCGCCGACGUGUCCCUGCUCCCGGCGCUCGAGCUCCUCCCAGCCAAGGCCUUCUCCCAGAAACCCACCGUCGUCCUCCAGGUGCGGGUCGCCGUUGUCGCCGACAAGAAGCAGCCCAAGGCUGCUGAGAGGAGUCGCUUCUACCUCCUGAACCCUGAGUUCGACCCCGAGAACCGGAAGAAGUACCGUGACCGGCGCGACGGAGGCGGAGACCGCCGUCGGAGGGACGGCUAUUCGCGCAUGGACGAACCCGUCGACGAAUUUGAUGUCAACCUGUACGACGACGAUACCUCUGCUAUAGCCACCCGGAAGGGCGACUCACACCCGCGCCCGCGUCGGCGACGGUCGUUCACGCCCGAUUACGAUAGCGACGACCGGAGAUCAAGGUCGUACCGCAGUGCAAAUCGCAACAAAGAGUUGUUCCCUGGUGGUACCUCCGGCAGGGGUCGGUCGGCUUCGCCGGCGCGUGACCGUGACGGAGACCACGGCAUGGGGGAGACACCACCCAGCGAGGGAUCAGCCGAGCGGAACCGGCGUGGUGGCCGAGCCAUCAAGGAUCGCCUGACCCGCCCCAACCGCAGCAAGGAGCUCUUCCCAGAUAAUGCGGCGUCGUCAGAGAGCAACCGCCUGGACGAUGCCGACGAGCUCACCAAGAAGUUCGCCUUGCCCGUCUUCGAUGGGAGUCACGACGAAAAGCCGUUGCCUCGCGGCAGGAGGCUCGAGGACCGUGUCUCGUCUCCCAGUGGGCGGCUGGCGGACAGGAUCACAGACCCCAGCAGCUCCGGGUUCAGCAUACGUGGCACGGCUGGGCAGCGAAGUGCAGACCAAGGCUUCGCAAUCAAGGGCGGUGCAAAGACGGCCAAGGAGUUGUUUCCCGACAAGCUGGGGCCCAACACGGGCAAGGAGCUCUUUGCCGACAAAUCCGAUGGAAGGUCGCGGCGUCGGCAGAAGGCAGGUGAUCUAUUCGACUAG